UUUAAACAGAGGAAGAUCACACAGACAACGGGGAAGGAAAAUACAAGGGGCGUGGAAACCAGAUUGUUGGUCUUCUUUUUUCUCAAUUUGCUUUUACUUUUGCUUCCAACAUUCUUCUUGGGACACCAACUUCCAUACGCCAUGGCCCCUCCUAUGAAGAUUGUUUUCGGAUUGUUAACAUUUGUCACUGUUGGAAUGAUAAUCGGGGCUUUGUUUCAGCUAGCAUUCAUACGCGGGUUAGAAGAUUCAUACGGUGAUGACUUUCCAACUACAAAAUUACAUAGACGUCAGAGUGAUGGAUAUCUUAAGUUGCCAAGAGGUAUGAGUCACUGGCACGGUGACAAAGAAGCAGAAAUUUUGCGUCUUGGAUUUGUCAAACCUGAAAUAAUAAGCUGGUCACCUCGAAUAAUUGUACUUCAUAAUUUCCUCAGCAAUGAGGAAUGUGACUACCUUAGAGCCAUUGCCCGCCCUCGACUUCAAGUUUCCACUGUGGUAGAUGUAAAAACUGGGAAGGGAAUUAAGAGUAAUGUCAGGACAAGCUCUGGUAUGUUCCUGAGUCCAACAGAGAAAAAGUAUCCUAUGAUACAGGCAAUUGAAAAGCGGAUUUCUGUAUUUUCUCAAAUACCAGCUGAAAAUGGAGAGCUUAUCCAAGUUUUAAGGUAUGAAAAGGAUCAGUUUUACAAGCCCCAUCAUGAUUAUUUUUCUGAUACUUUUAACUUGAAGCGUGGUGGUCAAAGAAUAGCAACUAUGCUUAUGUAUCUAAGUGAUGAUGUUGAAGGGGGAGAAACAUAUUUCCCUAUGGCUGGUACGGGCGAUUGUAGCUGUGGCGGGAAGACUGUGAAGGGGAUGUCUGUAAAACCGAUCAAAGGAGAUGCAGUGCUCUUCUGGAGCAUGGGACUAGAUGGACAGUCGGAUCCAAAUAGCAUACAUGGAGGAUGUGAAGUUUUAUCAGGAGAAAAAUGGUCUGCAACAAAAUGGAUGAGGCAAAAACCUACUUUCUGAUGUCACAUAUAUAUACACACAGAUAGGGGGCUACUGUUUUACUAUGUCUAGAAAUUCACAUCUAAUGCUUUAGGGAAUGAGUAAUAAUUUACUCUUAAAGUAGGGAGUUAGUAUAUGCCUAGAUGCCAGAAAUUGAGUUUGGAGACCCAUGGACGAUCAAAAUACCAUAUAAAGAAUAGGCUACAGCUUGAGAAAUGAACACUUAGGUAUAGUUGCAUUAUUUAAUUUUCGGACCUGUUUUAGGAGUGUAAUUUGAUGCUCUUCAUAAUUACCCCUCUUUGCCAUCCCCAACCCAGGAACAAAAGUUUCUAUUAUGUUGUUUUCGGAAACAAUAGUUCCCUUGCUCAUAUUUGAUGGUGAUUUGGAAUGGGUCAUUUCUAACAUUUUUCAGGAAGAGUUGUUAGUAUAAA